AUGACACAAAAUCUUAGUCAGCCAUGGCCAAUAUUAAAACACUAUGAUCAAGAUCAUUUAUAUAAUAUAGCUCUUCCACUUGGUGGGAUUGGUACAGGUACAGUCAGUUUGGGUGGACGUGGAGAAUUACGCGAUUGGGAAAUAGGAAAUAAGCCAGCAAAAAAAUAUAGUACAGUAACAACAGGUAAUGAUGCGCCAUUUUUUUCUGUAUUUGUUAAUCAACCAUCAACAUCAAGUAAAAUAACGAAAGCACUUAUUGGUCCUGUUCAUCCAACUGAACAUUUACAUUAUGAAGGACGUGCAUGUAAUCAUCAUGGUUUACCAAGAUUUCGACAAGUAUCAUUUGAUGCUGCAUAUCCAUUUGGAAUAGUUAAUUUAUCUGAUAGUAAUAUGCCAAUAAAAGUUUGUAUAAAAGGUUUUAAUCCAUUGAUACCAACCAAUGCUGAGGCAAGUGGUAUUCCAAUAGCUGUUUUAUAUUAUGAAGUAACUAAUAUAACAAAUGAAGUUUUAGAUGUUAGCGUAUGUGGAUCAAUGAGAAAUUUUGUUGGACAAGAUGGUAGUAAAUAUUUUAUUGCUGGUGAUGGUGAUUACGUACCAAUGGGAGCUAAAAAUAAUACAAAUGUCUAUCGAGAAGAUUUCGCUGGAGAAUUAAAAGGUAUUUAUAUGAAUUCAACUAAUAUUGAUCUAAAUGAUCCAGCAUGGGGAACAAUUGCUUUAACAACAUUAGUUGAUUCACCAAACACCAUUGUUACAUAUCGUUUAUCAUCCAUUUCAAAUGCAUGGUAUCAUGCUAUACUCGAUUUUUGGGAUGAUUUUAGUACUGAUGGUACACUUCAUGAUAAAGAACAAUUAGUUGAUGAUAAUCCAAUGGCAAGUUUAGCUGUUAAAAAACAAAUUCAACCGGGUGAUGUUGAACUUUUUCCAUUUUUUAUAACAUGGAAUUUUCCUAAUCGAAUGGCAUGGUCACCAACGAUUGUUGGCAAUUAUUAUUCAACAUUAUAUAAAGAUGCAUGGGAUGUAUGUAUUCAAACAUUACCUCAUCUUGCUGAUUUAGAAUCAAAUACACUUGAUUUUGUAAAUCUUUUUUUGGCAAGUGAUUAUCCUGGUGUACUUAAAGAAGCUGCAUUAUUUAAUUUAGCUACACUUCGUUCACAAACAGUUUUUCGUAUAGCUGAUGGACAUUUAAUGGCAUGGGAAGGAGUUUUUGAUAUAUUUGGUUCAUGUCUUGGUUCUUGCACACAUGUUUGGAAUUAUGAACAAGCUAUUGCUUUUCUUUUUGGUAAUCUUGCUAAAACAAUGCGUGAUGUAGAAUUCAAUUAUGCAACAUUUGAUGAUGGUGCUAUGAAUUUUCGUGUACAACUUCCAUUAACAAAACCACAAGUACGAACUGGAACUGCUGCAGAUGGACAAAUGGGUUGUAUCAUGAAAAUGUAUCGUGAUUGGCAACUAUCUGGUGAUGAUGAUUUUUUGAAAAAAAAUUGGGAACAAGUCAAAAAAGUUUUAGCCUUUGCAUGGCAACCUAAUAGUUGGGAUGCUGAUCAAGAUGGUGUUGAAGAAGGAGCUCAACCAAAUACAAUGGAUGUUACUUACUAUGGUAUGUAG